AUGAUUGGGAUAACCAGGCUGCUGAAGAAAACACUCAAUGAAGACAAUAACAAUGUAGAGACAUUCAUGGUAGCUAAUCGAUCCGUUGGAACUGGUCUCGUUGCCUCUGCGGUAGUCUCGUCAUGGUUAUGGAGCACAGCCUUGCUAAGCUGCGUGCUGGUAACGUAUCUAUACGGGAUUUCCGGAGGGUUCUGGUAUGGAGCGGGAUGUACACCAAUGAUAGUCUUCUUUGCUUACCUAGGGGUGGUCUGCAAGAAACGCAUUCCAGAAGCACAUACUGUUCUGGAGAUUGUGCGAAUCAGAUAUGGGACGACUGCACACUUGGUCUUCACCUUCUUGGCUGUUAUCAAUAACCUUUUCAACACCAUCAACAUGAUCUUGGGAGCUGCCGCCGUCAUCACAUUCUUAACAGGGAUCCACAUCAUGGCUUCAACAUUCCUCUUACCCGUCGGAGUCGUUCUCUAUACACUCGUGGGCGGCAUCAAAGCAACGUUUCUGACAGAUUACAUCCACACCUUUGUCAUCGCCAUCUUGUGCUGCUACCUAACCACCAAGACCCUCACCCACCAUGAUGUCGGCUCCAUCGAUGGACUAUACGAUCUCGUGGUCAAGGCUCAGCCUUCUUACGAAGUUGACGGGAACUACAAAGGGUCUCUUCUCACGAUGAACUCUCAGCAGGGAAUAUUCUUCGCCAUUAUCCUCCUCGUUUCAAACUUCGGCGCCGUCAUUAUGGAUACGAGCUACUUCAUCAAGGCCUUUGCCGCUUCCCCCAAAGCCGUGGUGCCAGGCUACGUAGUCGGCGGCUUUGCAUACUUUUCCAUUCCCUGGAGUCUCGGCACCAUCAUGGGUCUUGCGGCAUUAGGGCUAGAAAGCUCCCCCAUCUUCCCGACCUAUCCUCGUCCAAUGACGAGCACAGAGGUCACAAACGGCCUUGUACUUCCAUAUGUAGCCGUCGCAGUAGCAGGAAAAGGCGGCGCGGUCGCUGUCCUGCUUAUGACCUUCAUGGCAAUCACUUCGACGCUGUCCGCUCAAGUGAUUGCAGUGUCGUCCAUCUUCACAUUCGACUUUUACAGGACUUACAUCAACAGGAACGCAGGCAACAAGGAUGUCAUCCGGUGGAGUCAUCUCGGCGUCGUGCUGUUUGCAGCUAUUUCGGCUGGCUUGACUGCGGCUUUCAAUUACGGCGGCAUCAACAUGGGAUGGACUCUGUAUAUGAUCGGCGUGGUAACAUGCCCCGGCAUCUUCCCAUUAAUCCUCACCAUUCUCUGGAAUAAGCAGAGCGGUUUCGCAGCCGUCGUUUCAGCAAUCGCUGGUCUGGCAACCGGCUUGGGCACAUGGCUGGGGACGGCGCAAGCUCUGUUUGGCGAAGUGACUGUCGACUCUACUGGACAAACGCUCCCGUGCAUGUACGGCACUGUGGCCUCUGCUCUCAGCCCCUUGCUGUAUACGGUGGUUCUGUCGCUCAUCUGGCCGGAUAAUUACGAUUGGGCACGGUUUACAGAUGAAAAGCUGUUGCUUGACAGUGAGACGUCAGCCGACGAGUCAGAUUCCGCUCGUCAAGCUACCAAGGGCGGCGUCUUGAGUAAUGCUUCCGAGGUUGCUUACGACCAAACUGAUCUCCGGUGGCAGCGCUAUGCACUGUUCUGGUCGCUCUUCGCCUUCUUUGGUAUCUGGGUUCUUUGGCCUCUGCCAAUGUAUGGAGCAAAAUACAUUUUCAGCAAACAGUUCUUCAGAGCUUGGAUUGUGGUGUCACUCUUAUGGUUGUGGAUAAGUUUGCUUAUUCUUGGCCUGUAUCCCUUGUAUGAUGGACGGAAGCAAAUCUUGACGGUGUUACGGAGACUACGAAGCUAG